AGAGCCGGCUUGUGCUUUUGUAUCACAGAGCUCCGAGAGAUGGCUUUCUGGGUGAUGGUCCUAUGUGCCAUCCUGGCAUGCAUAUUGGGGGGGCUCUACCUGGUGGGGGCAUUCCGCCAGAGGAGAGCCAAAGAACCCCCUUUAGAUAAAGGCCUCAUUCCGUGGCUUGGACAUGCAUUGCGCUACCGAAAGGACGGUGUUGACUUCUUGCAAAGGAUGCAGAAGAAGCAUGGGGAUAUUUUCACGGUACUGCUUGGAGGAUACUAUUUCACUUUUGUGAUGGACCCACUCUCCUAUGGAGCUAUUGUGAAAGAAGCAAGAAGCAAGCUGGAUUUCAACGCAUAUGCAACACAACUUGUGGCCAAAGUGUUUGGUUUUCAGCCGGAAAUACGCACUCACAAGAUAAUAGAGACAGCCAGCGUAAAACACCUCAAGGGCAAUGGGCUUGUGGUGAUGACCCAGGCCAUGAUGGACAGCUUGCAUAGAGUGAUAUCCCAUAGCCUGAGUUCAGCAGGGGGGCAGAAAUCCUGGAAACAGGAUGGAUUGUUCCACUUCAGCUACAACAUGGUCUUUAGGGCUGGAUAUCUAGCCCUGUUUGGAAAUACAACCAGCAAAGAUGAAAAGAACAAAGAAGAUGCUGAGAAGCAUGACUUAACUGGCUCUGAAGAUGUGUUUGUAGAGUUUCGCAAAUAUGAUAAACUCUUCCCAGGGUUUGCUUGUUCCACCCUGUCUCAUGGAGAGAGAAAAGAAGCUGAGUCUCUGAAGAGACUAUUCUGGAAAAUCAUGUCUGUGAAGGAUGUAUAUGAGAGGAGUAACAUCAGUGGUUGGAUAACUGACCAGCAAGAGCAGCUGGCUGAGACUGGGAUGCCUGAAUACAUGCGGGAUAGAUUUCUGUUUCUGCUCCUGUGGGCAGCUCAAGGUAAUACUGGCCCAGCUUCCUUCUGGCUUCUUGCCUACCUGAUGAAAAAUCCCAAGGCAAUGGAUGAGGUGAGGAAAGAAGUGGACAGAGUGGUGGGAGAAUCAGGCCAGAAAGUGAGGGCAGGGGGUGCAGUGCUUAAUGUCACCAAGGAGAUGUUAGACAAGACCCCCAUCUUGGAUAGUGCUGUGGAAGAGACUUUGAGACUGGCAGCAGCCCCUAUGCUGGUCAGGGCUGUGUUAGUGGAUCUAGAACUCAAGAUGAACGAUGGAAGAAAAUAUCUUCUGCGCAAAGGAGACAGAGUUGCACUUUUCCCCUUUGUGGCAGCACAUAUGGAUCCAGAAAUCCACCCAGAUCCCCAUGUUUUCAAAUAUGACAGGUUCCUCAGCCUAGACGGCAGAAAAAAAGAAUUCUAUAAGAAUGGAGAAAAGGUGAAAUAUUACACCAUGCCAUGGGGUGCAGGGACUUCCAUGUGCCCUGGGCGAUACUUUGCUACCAAUGAGGUUAAACUCUUUGCCUUCCUGAUGCUGACAUACUUUGAUAUGCAGCUGGUUAACAUGGAGGAGGAAAUCCCUCCCGUAAUCAAGAACCGCUAUGGGUUUGGUGUGAUGCAGCCCACACACGAUGUUCAGUUCAGGUAUCGACUUCGCCACUGAAGUUAGGAGGCAGGGGGAGCAACCUGGUGUCACGUGCCUGUGAAUCUUCAGGCCAAAGUGCAAGAGUUCCAGGUACAUGUCAACAUUCAUCUUUGCAUCUGCAAUCAACUUUAUCUCUUUUAUUUAUUGUUGUGCAGGCAAUGUCCCUGGGCCAAGCUGUGACUCUGGCUCCAAUAUCUUGAAAGUCACAUAUCUAUUGAUGACAUGAGUACUCUUUGGUGUAAAGGCUUAAGCGUAAUUAAGAACGCAUGCUUUUAACUGCUUUUAUUUCCCCCACAUCAUCUGCUCUCAAUUUAUAUGGAAAAUACCACCUCUAUGCUGCUCCUAUGUUUUGUAAUUUUGGUGAUUAUUAUUUUGCUUGUCUGUACCUUUGUUUCUACACGAUUGUAAAACCUUUAAAACUGAAAAGAAAUACUUAGGAGAAAUAAAUGGAAU